GAAACGCUGAGUCGUUUCACCUGGGAGCUGCAGGGCCGCGUGUUUGACCCAGGGCCUCCUCCUGCCUGGCACAUUAUUCCGAAUAAUAAAUGCCAGAUCAUACUGCUGGAGCCCCCGACCGAGAAGCCGAGAGGGAGGCGAGUGAGGACACCCUGAGGUCUGCGAGAUCGGUCCGUCCUACUCUUACCCCGCUGCGGCCGCAGGGCUCGCCCCUUCCCCACCCGUAUCCCAGCUUCCGGGCUAAAGGAACACGUGAGGCCGAACCAAACCGAGGGCGCCAGGGCAUCCCGCCCGAGCUGCGGAGACGCGGACCCCUCCUCUUACCCAAAACCAAAUGGGCAGGGGGCUCCGCUGCAGAGGGCUCGCCGAGGCGCUCGCCUUCACCCGGCGCCGCGCAGGUGCCCGCGCUCCUGCCGGGAGAGCCGAGUGGGGGCGCUGCCGCAGGCUCUCUCUGGAAGCCCCUCCACCAGCACUGCUGUGGCCUGCGGCCUCCGCCACCCGGACGCGCCUACACACUAAGCGCGCGCUGGGGCUACGCUGGGCGGGGCCCACGGCGGCGUGGCUGGGGGGGGGCCGCCGAGCCUCCUCCUCCGCCCUGGGCGCCGGGCGUGGCCCUCCUCACGCCCAAGGUGCCAGGCGCCCGGUGCGGCCGUCUCGCCCCUAAGCCGGGCGCCAGAUCCCCCGCCGCCUUCUCGCUCCCCGACAGCCGAGCCGGGGCAGGGGUCAGGGGGGUGGAGCCAGGUGCGGAAAGGGUUUCAGCCUCGGGGGCUGAGGCCGGGAGGUGAAGACGCUGCUCCCCGAAGUGAGGAAAACGCCAGUGAGGAAGAGGCCUUUCCAGGUCCUGUGCGUGUUGCUGUCUUUAGAGCUCACUAGGGUUGGUUGGUUUUUAAAUUUCUUUUGACCAGAUGAAAUUUAUUUAAAGGCUGGGGGCGGUGGCUCACGCCUGUAAUCCUAGCACUUUGGGAGGCCGAGGCAGGUGGAUCACUGGAGGUC